CCUCUCCUUCUCCUCCUCCUCCUCCUCUUCCUCACCUCUCGCUCCAGGACUUGUCCUUUGGCCGUGACACUGUUGACGUUUCCAUGGAAACCCUGGCCUCCGUUUGGACCCGUGACCCCUGUGACUUCAGCGACCUCGGAGAGAAGUCGUCUGUUUGGGAGUCUGAGUGUGAUUUUACCAGCUCGCCCCCUGCUGGUCAGAUGUGGACUGAGCAGCUCUCCCCUCACCUCCAGAGAAACAAACAGCUUCAGGACACUCUGCUGCAGAGAGAAGAGCAGCUGGCCAGACUGCAGGAUGAGAACAACAAACUCAGAGAGUUCCUCACCUCUUCUUUCGUGAGGAACCUGGAGCAAAAGGCCAAGAAACUAACCGCUGAUGGGAGAAGAAAGCUAAAGAGAAACCUGAUGCAUGUCGAUGAUGGACCUUUCCAGAACCACAGUCAUCAGCUAGUAACAUCGCAGCAGGUCAGCAAAAGAGUCUGCAGGAACCUCACGGCCGAGUUCUGCUCCGAAUCCUCGGAGACUUCUUCUUCCUCCGAACCAAACCUGGACCUCUGGGUUCUACGGACGCUGGGACUGAAGGAUCGAGACACCAUCGACACGUCCAACAACUCCUCCUAUUCCUCGUCUGGAUACAGCCUCGGCAGUUUAGUUCAUGAUGCUUCAAUCGCGUCUUCCUCGUCCUCCGAAUACACUCUCAACUCCUCUUUCAGCCCUCCAGUCGCCCCUUCUACGCCUUCUUCCGUCCAAAGCUAUUGCCAAAGAUCCACACAGCAAACCGAUUGUAGGUACAGUGCUGAAUCAAACUGUGGUAAUCCUGCCGAGUCUCCUCAGAACUGCACAAAUUCCCUGGUUCAACGCUCUGACUUCACUGCCUCUGCACUGACCGGACAGUAUGAAGCUCCUGAAGCUGUGAUCAGGAGCUACCACACAUUUACUGCCUUCCAAUCUCCACUACUAACAGAAGAACUACCGUUCACCCAGUCGGAAGAUCAAGCGGAGAUCUGCUCCAUCACAGCCUCGAGUCAAGUCCAAACUCUGGAGGAAAUCCCUGCAAAACAUCCGACUUACUGGUCUCCACCAGGAGAGAGUGUCCCGUUCUCCCCAAUCUCGUCUUCGAGUCCUGUCAUUCACCAGCAAUGGACACCUGUAAGCGACUGCAGCCCGACAAGUCCAUCCGCGGAAGUCCGUAAGCCUCCUGCCACGCCCCAGAUGCCUCGCAGCCGGACAGAUUUGGCGUUCAGUAUGUCCCUCAGCCCGUCCAGCAGUGUCAAGACCCACAGCUUCCCCCAGGGACAAGCUUUUGUCCGAAAGGACACCGGGGGAAGGUGGAACUUCACCUGGGUGCCCAGACAAGGACCAUAGGCAGCUUAAAAAGCUCCAGAUUUUGUAUAGUAGAUUGCAUUUAUAUAGCGCUUUUUUUCUAGUCUUAACGACUACUCAAAGCGCUUUACACACCCCAUUCACACAGACAUUUGUACAACGAUAUGAUACGAUUAACAUUCCAACACCAAUGGCGCAGGAGAUUCAGGGUUCAGUGUCUUGCCCAAUGACACUCUGACAUGUAGACUGGGAUCGACUGGGGCCAGGGAUCGCACCACGAACCCUCCGAUUGGUAGACACAGCCAGUGUCUGAGCCACAGCCACCGUUGCUAAGUGACCAAGCAUCCCAGCUCGAACUUUCAGAACUAUAAGUCCAUGUUGAACUUGUUGCUGGCUUUUAAGACUUUGUUCUCAGCCCUACUGAUUGCACAAGACCAUGCAAGUAGCGAAACAAAGGCCUGAAAAGACCCUCGGGCAACACAUCAAACAGAUAAUUCAUUAAACAGCUCUUGAACUUCUUUCAAAGACCUUGAUAUGAUAAGGUUUAAUGGAAAUACUUGUUCCUCUGAUAACUUGCCUUUUGUUUGUUAAAACAGAUUUCAGAUUUCAAAAAAGCUGCGUUGCAUUUUGUUCAAAGUUUAGAAUACAAGAGGAAUGGAAAAAUGCUAAAUAAUCAUUUGGUAAACUGUGGUACCAUGAGACUAACCAACUUGUUUUAGGAUUUAGAUCUAGAGCCAAACUGUGGAACAUUUUACAGUUUAACGUAGCUAAUUGACUUACAAUAAGUGUAACAUAACAAAUUAACAGGACUGCUUAAAAUAAUGUCUUAAAGCUGAGGUUUUUUAUUUUGUUUGUCUAUGAAACUGCCACAUAAACAUGUCAGUAAUGAUCUUUGUGUUAUAUUAUCAUAUAUAUUGAAUACAAUGAAGAACAGGAAAAAAUGUAAUUGGUGCCACAAAGUAAUAACUGCCUCCGAACAAAAGACUGCCCUGAAUUAAGGUUAUUAUCACAAUAGGGAAACAGGUACUAAACAGUAACUACAGAUAUUUUAGCCUAAAGUAAGUGCUAAAAAUGUAAAUGUAAAUUUAAAGCUGCCACUGAUUGGUUGGAGGAUUGGGUAGUGUCCAGUGUAAUUUGAAUGUUGCUGAGUGAAAGACGUCACUGCCAUUGUUGCUAACCCUGUUUUUACACAGCUAAUUGGUACAAAUUGGUACAAAAAGUACGAGAUAUAACUGGAAAUUAACAGUUCUAGCUAGCAUUUACAGUAAGCCACCUAGCCAUCUUAACACAAAGCACUUUUUACACUCUUAAGUUAAGCAUCUACUGAAUUUGUGACUGACUGCAAACGACACCACGGAGCUUUUGUCAUUUUUGUUUUACCAGAUGUGAAACAACUUUGGCUGACACAGAAUGAAGUCAGCACACGUGAAACACCAAUACACAAAUAAUACAUUCACAUACUGGCAAUAUGUGGUUUUCAGAUAUUUCCCGUGACCUGUACUUCACAUGUCGUCACUGUCCUGUGAGAAGCAAUGAACGCCAACUUUUUAUGAACAAAGUAAAACAGCUUUAUGAUGAUGCAUUUCUCAGAUAAUCCAGUGAGAUAUUAAAGGGCUUAUUUAGCUUAAUAAGAAUUUUCUCUUAAUCCUUCAGUUUAUGCUGUCCAUGGUUUUAACUGGACAUUGACGAUGUAAUGUUCCAAAACUUAAAUUAAAACAUGAACAACAUUAACAUAAAUGUAAAGUAAUUUCAAAUGUGCUUUUGGUUUAGUUUUCCCUUUCAAUACAAGCAUGGUAAUCUAAAAAACAAAUAUGCCUUCAUUAUGUGAGCUAAAUCUCACAUACAAUGACCAAAACAUUACAUGUACAUAUAUUUUAAAUCAUCACGUGAAGUUAUCUAAAAACCACACGUGCCUAAAUGUGGAUUAUUUAGAUGUCGAACGUUUCAUAUAUUACAUUUGAAAUUAUGGUUUUUACAUGUGCUUUCUACAUUGUGUAAAAUGUGUGAAUUUGUGCCUAUAUACAGUAUAUGUGAAAUUGACGCAACUCAAAGGGUGUUGGACAUGUUUAACAUGUGAACUGUGCUUCUAAUUUGUGAAAUUGUUGUUUUCAUGUGUUAUGUAAAAACAUCAGGUCAUAUGUCUUUGACGUUACAAACACGUGAACAUUUCAGGGUUAUUUGUUGAAUUUGGUGCAAUACAUUGCUGCCAUAAAUGCUGGUAUGACUGCCACAGAUAUGUUCUCUUUAAGCAACAAUAGAAAGAAGCAACUGAGACAUUGAAAGGAAAAGUUGAAUUCAUACAAAGUCAGUCCAGUGGCUGAUUGUGUCAAACUGUUCUUUAUGUUUUUAAAUCUCAGACAGACUGUUUAUGUGCUGUAAUGUUUUUCUAUGAAUGUGUACAGAAUGUAAUGAAUAAAUAACU